AUGUCUGCGUCUAAAGUAGUAAUCGUAGCAGUAUUGCUUGUUAUUAACAAUUUUUGUUUCAUUGAUUGUAAACGAUUGCAGGACAACGAUUUUGCACGGCAAUUUUUAUUCCGCGGUGGCUUCGAACCACUGAGAUAUUAUUUGAGUCCAAGUGAUGGUGCAUACGUUGCGAAACGUGUACCGAGUGCAGCAGAUAUGAUGAUACGUUUCGGAAAACGUUUUGGAAACGUUGAUGCUCCGAUUGGCGAUCUCAACGAUAAUUAA